AUGAAUGAGCUCGGGCUUGACAGAUUGACGCUUACUGUUGCAGCCUUAGCUGUGGGAGCGGCUGUCUUGAUUGCAUUGAUCGCUUCCAAGAAGGACCCUCUCCGUCAUAUUCCUCUAGCUGGCACCGGAAGUCGAAGGGCGCGCGUCAAGCAAUACCAUCAUGAUGCCAAGAGGAUAUAUGAGGAGGCUUGCAAGCAGGUACGAGCUGAUCAAUCCCUAGCAGAAAAGUGAGAUCUUGUGUAAUGCCUGGAAAUCAUCGCGCUGACGUCUGAUGAGCUCUGCAGUUCAAGUCGCUUUUCCGUGUUGCAACACCGGAGGGUAUGUUUAUUAGGCCGCAUGCUCUUAUCAUGAAUGUCCUUCGACAAACUUCAGAAGACUGACGAUACCGGCAGGCGACUAUGUGCUCGUGCCAUAUGAUCUCCUUGACGAAUACAAUUCUGUCCCGGAGAGUGUGUUCAGUCCUCACGCGCCGUUCGAUCAAUUUGUAGAGAAAUAUCUCACCGACAUCAACAUCACCUCGCGAGCGUUGAUAUUUUCGGUUCGGCAAGACUUAACGCCGUCUCUAGGUGCGAAAGCGCGUUGCAAAACACCUGUCUCAAGGUGGACGCUGACCAGGUGCGGCAGGCAAGAUCACGCCCGCUCUAUCUUCAGUCGCAGAGAAUGCUGUUAUUUCUCAGCUCCCUCCUUGCGAUGAGUGGACGGAGGUAGAUCUUCACCAUGCUCUAAUCAGUCAGGUAACCAUCGUCUCGGGCUGGGUGUUCGUAGGGCCUGAGUACUGCCACACCAAGGAGUACAAGGACCUCGCAGCCGCGUAUGCAGCUGAUGCAUUCGGGGGCCCAAAGAUGCUGCAAGCAUUCCCUUCGUGGCUUCGCCCUUUGGCAGCGCCGUUUCUGCCGCCACUCCGACGUGUCAAGCGGUUCCACCAGCGGAUCCUUGACUUGCUUGGUCCUGGAAUUGAGCGUCGGAGGAAGCAAAUUGCCGAGAACGAAGCACGCUCUGCGGAUAUGCUCGACUGGCUAAUCAAGAAUGCUCAUCGUUUUCCGCACGAUAUCAGCUCUGAUUACGAUAUUGCGCGUGUUCAGCAGUCUCUCAGCGCGGUGGCCAUCCAUACAACAGCGCUGACGGCAGUUGCGACGUAAGUAGGAAGUGGCCGUAUUGGGAAGAUGUUCUUGUGCUUAAUCGUGUAGCUUGUACGAUCUUAGCUGCGAGCCCAAGAUCAUGGAAGACGUCCGAAGCGAGAUUGGAGAAGUCCUCCAAAGGAACGGCGGGCAGAUGACAUCCCGGGCUCUCUACGAGAUGAAGCUGCUGGACGCCGUCUGCAAAGAGUCUCAAAGACUCAAUCCGGCGGACCUACGUAAGUCUCCCCUUGCUGCAAUGGCUCUUGCUGACGCAUACCAGUUUCCGCUCGACGCAAAGUCAUGAAGCCUUAUACAUUCUCCGACGGCGUUGAAGUGCCUGUUGGGGCCAUGUUGGCUGUGCCGGUUUACACGUACGCCCGGGACCCUGCUCAGUUUCCGCAGCCUGACACAUUCGACCCAUAUCGCUUCACGCGGCUUCGAGAGAACGGCAGCAACGACCACCUUCAAUUUGCUUCGGUGACCAACGGAACUAUGGCGUUCGGCUGUGGGAAGCACGCCUGUCCGGGACGAUUCUUUGCCGCGCUGGAGAUCAAGCUGCUAGUGAUUCACCUGUUGCAAGCCUUCGACUUCAAGGCCAUCCCCGAGGCUGAUGGCGUAGUGAGGCGGUACCGGAACAUGGAGUACGACAGCAUGGUAUGUGACUCCAAGUGUAUUCCAGUCGUCGUGAGCACUGCUGAUGGCGAUGCAGAAUAUGCCUGACGUGACCAAGAAGCUGUUGUUCAAGAAGCGCGUGAGUUAG